AGCACUCGUUCUGAACGAUUAGACACAAAGUGCAAUGAAUAAAUGGCUGUAAUAACAAUUUAAGUGCAGCAAACAGUUGUUGAGAGCUACACAAAUGUAUUAGAUGAGGCAUUAUUUAUGGCAUUUACAGCUUUUGCAUCUUCAGACUAGGAGUGAUAAUGGAUGCCAUGAAGCUAAUGAAUGCAGAGGCCAGAUAAAACUGAGUCAUUACCAGUUCAUGCCUCGAGAUCUUACAGUAAAAACAAGAUCCUGAGUCAACCCUUUCCUUUCUGAAAAAAGGUCAGACCAUAACAGACUGAGUAUAUUUACUGGCAGACAUUAAAUGUGCCUCCCUAAGCAACUAAAGACCAUCUAAUUGAUUGCCUGCUCAGUGAUACCUGCUGCCAAACUCUUUUCCUUCUCUGACAGAAUAUUACAUUACGAUUCCUACGUGCAUUUUAAUCUGCAGUGUCUAAGCCAUAAAAAGGUUGGAGAGGAAAACACGCAUCAUGGAAAUGAAAUGCCGUCGCUGUGGCUCUGAAACAUUUAUCAAAGAAGCACUGAAUGUUGCCAUUGAAAUAGCAUCACAACAGAAGCAUCUCUUUGCAGGUCUUUGCAUGAUAUUUUACAUGUAGUACAUAGUGUUUUGUGGAAAAAAACACUAUGUACUAUGAGGUUUUGUCCCUCCACCCGGCGUAGUUUCUAGAAUUUUAUUUUCAUUUUAUUUAAAUUUCCAUACCAACCUUGUAUUUCCAGUUAAGUUAAACGCAUGCAUCCCGUGAGCUUGGUUCUUGAACCAAUCAACGCAAUCACAUUUGCACACGAUGUAAUAUCGACUCUUUUUCUUCCAGCAUAUCUUUUUUGGCAUUGAACUUUCAUCUGGAACUUGCAAGCUAUUACCAAUAAAGAUGCAAUGAGAUCAAAUCUUCUCUAGUGCAUAUCAAUAUUUCAUCAUCAACACGGGAAUCAAAAUACAUCUGGUGGUACAUUGUGUGGAGCCCACAGCUGCUCUCAGAAACCACACACACCGCACACACCCUCAUACAACACACUCCAUGUGGGAAAACCUACUGCUGCAGGGUACUGCAGGAAGUAAAGCCCCUCCCCUCAAUUUUAUGGACGGUUUUUUACAGAUUAGUAAAAGAGAGAGAGAGAGACGGGAGGAGACGUGAUGCACUGGAAUCCAGUUUCGCACAAAGCUUGAACAACAUGCUGAGGAUUAAUUGUCCAACAUCCUGUCAGGAGCACAAGGGACACGCAUUGUGUACAUGGCACAAGGAGAAAAAGUACUUCCAGCUCUAAAACAUUCCAAAUGGAUGAUGUUUUUGCUGAAACAACACCCAGAAGUGGAGGCAGGAAGGUUUAACGACACAUUUUGAUUCUUCCUCUUUGUAACCGGAGCAAAAGGUAAGCUGUGAACGGUGACGAUGUCGUCCUCCCCUGGCAUCGAGCGCUGGAAGCACGUGAACGUCAUGUACAUCUCCGUGGAGACGGCCAUAGCCCUGGCCUCCGUAGUGGGCAACGUGCUGGUGGUGCUGGCGGUGUGCGUGAACCGAGCUCUGCGCAACACCACCUUCUGCUUCAUUGUGUCUCUGGCCGUGGCUGAUAUCGCCGUGGGGGUUCUGGUCAUCCCCCUGGCCAUCGUCCUCAGUCUGGAAUUUAAAACUCAGUUCCACACCUGCCUCUUCCUGUCCUGCCUGCUGCUCAUCAUCACCCAGAGCUCCAUCCUUUCCCUGCUGGCUAUCGCCAUCGACCGAUACCUUCGUGUCAAGAUCCCCACCAGGUACAGCACCGUGGUGACCCAGAGGAGGGCAUGCGUGGCCGUUUGUCUGUGUUGGAUCCUCUCCUUCCUCACCGGAUUGGUUCCAAUGAUUGGAUGGAAUAAACUCCAUGAAACUCAGGGAAGCCUCGGCAAUUCCAGCCACAUCGCCUGCAAGUUCACCGCGGUCAUGAGGAUGGACUACAUGGUGUACUUCAACUUCUUCGGCUGGGUGGUGGUGCCGCUGUCUGCCAUGAUCGCCCUGUACGCCGAGAUCUUCAGGGUGAUCCGCCGGCAGCUCAACCGGCGCGCCGAGGCCACGUGUGACGGAGAGAGGUACUACCGGAAGGAGCUGAAGCUGGCCAAGUCUCUGGCGCUGGUGGUGUUUCUCUUUGCCGUGUGCUGGCUGCCGAUACACAUCAUGAACUGCGUUGACUUCUUCUGCCCGGAGUGCACCGUGGACAGUUCCGCCCUGUUCGCCGGCAUCUUCAUGUCCCACGUGAACUCUGCCCUCAACCCCAUGGUUUACGCCUUCAGGAUAAAGCCGUUCCGUGUCACGCUGAUCGCGAUCGGCAACCGCUGCGUGAUGUGCAAGCCCAAGGAGGCCACCCUGUGUCCCGCCAGCAUCCAGGCCCAGACAGAGAAGGAGGCUAUAGACCCGUAAAGUGGCUCGCAGCGAAGCGGCGUGUCUGGAUCCCUAAUGUCUCCCAGAAAGACAUUCAUGAAACGUGUAAGGGCCCUGCCUAGAAUGCAAAGUCAUAAUAAAGUCACUAAAACUAAUGGAAUUGAAAUCAGAGGAUGCCAGCAUCUCUUCAACUAGUCUUUGGGAUAUUUCAAUAGCCGUGGCAGACAUUUGAGUAAAAAUGUCAUUGAGCUUUAUGCUGAGGGGAUUUAUUCAGACUCUCGAGCUGAAGCUUCUGCUGCAUCCUCGUUCUCGUUCUGCUGUGUCAUCACUUUCACUUCUGCAUGAUUUCCGUCCGUGUAACAACACUACCACCUACAGAUCCUAAA